CUAUCAGUAGUAGUACUAUCUUAAUUCGUGCUUUGUAUCAAAAUAUAAAAUGGCGGGACAACGCAGAACACCACAUAAGACUUAACUAUUAUUUCUAUAGUUACUCAUGAUAAAAUAUCAUAUUUUGAAUGACAUUCAUCAUAAAAUGUAUUUUGUAAAUUUGUCAUGAAAAAAUUAUUGUUUAUACCAUGAUAGUUUGUUCUGUGUUACAACUAUAGUUAGUUUCAGUGAACUGGUCAAGAACACAGAAUAUUCAAUAUAUCUAUAAUUAUCUGUGCCCUGUGGUGAAGAAGUGAACUGCAGAUAUCUGUGGGCUGCGGAGAGAUCUGAGUUACUGACCUAGUAUCAAAUUUUAAAUAUGCCGAAAACAAAGAAAAAAACCAUGAAAGAUAAAAAACUAUACACAUCAAAAAAGAAUGCAUCUAAACAACCUAAAAAACCCGUUUUUAAAUUUGAUAUACAUGAAAUUUUGAAAAAUAGACAAUUAGAAGGAAAGCUUAUGGAACAAACUGCCAAAUUUGAAGAAGAGAUGAAAGUUGUUGAUAAAUUGUAUCAAGAACAACUAAAUGACAUUAUUGAUUUUGAAGGCAAUGAUAAACUUCCUCCUGUAUCAAUACAUUUUAAUCCUGUUGACUGCUGUAAUUAUAAUAUACCCUUUAAAGAAGAUUCAGAUUCUGAUUCAACCAAAUUGUGUAUUCAACGCUUACAAAUUAUGCUAAUUGAAGGAAAUGAACUUGAAGCCAAUAUUCAUUUUAACCAUUUGUUGAGAGCAAAUUGGUCACCAGUAUUUGAUAAUGUCAAAAAUAUUUUAUGCAAUUGGCGAGCUGAUUUGGAUACUGUAACUAGUGAUCCAUCGUUAGAGUAUCAAAUGAAUGAUUUUAAAAACAUUGGACGGCACAAUUUUGAAUUAGUAACAACUUUCAUAUCUCACAGUAUACUGAAAAAUAACAAACAAUUUAGUGUUGACGAACUGCUAACAAUAGCCAAGUAUAUUGUUACAAUAAACUUUCACCUUUGUGGACAAAUGAUAAAUGUGUUAAAAAGAUUAUUUAGUACUUGUAUCGAGACAGCAUUAGAAGAAGACAAUGAUCCCGCUAUUAAAGCAUUUGUUGAAGAAUUGUAUUCAAAACAUAAUGAAGACGAUUUAUUAAUAAUGGCGGUUGAUUUAUUUCUGCCUUUUGAAGGACAAAUAAUGAAAAAAAUGUAUACAUAUUUAACAUACAAACUAUACAUGUCACUUUUAGGAAAGACUGACAAUAAUAAUACAUUUCCCUCUAGCAUCAAAGAAUGGUUUGUACAAGAUUUGGUGGAUAAAAAUUAUUUCAAAAACAAUCCAAAGAAAGUAUUGUUCAGUGUUAUUCAGUUGUUGGAACAUGUCGUGUUCAUAUUUGAUUUAUACAGUGAAGAAGAAAAACUGGAUACCAUGUAUAACUUUUUGAAUGCUGCGGUCAAACCAAGUGGAUUGUCAGAUUCCAUGAAACUCAUUAAUGUAUUAGAUCAGUGGAGGUUGCGAUUAUUCCGUUUAUAUGUCAACCGUCAAGCUGAUGGUAAACUUGUAAAUAAUGGCAUUACUAAUGAAUAAGUAUUAAUUUAUUAGUAAAUCUUGAAUAUUAUUCAUUAUUUUUAAAAUGUAAUUUUCUAUACAAUAUUCAUAUUAUUAAACUAAAGGUAAAUUUAUUUUUGACAGUUUUAAGUUAUCUUGAUUUAAAAUGUUAUUUGUACUAUAAUAAUUUAUAUUGAUGUAUCCAUAAAUUGUUUAUAUAAUAAUUAUAUAAGUAUAAGAUAAUCCAGUUUUUUUACACUGUAUUCAACUCGUAAUGUUUUGAAUGGCAAAUUAAAAACAAAUAAACUAUAAAAAAAAUAU